CAAAUAAAUUGUGACGAGAAAUGAUGGUGUCAAGCUCACCAUUGUAGCCUGACAGCCACAAUAUUACUUACACUACAGCUUGCUUGGUAUUUCCCAGGGCAGGGGUCAACGGGUUCUGAUCCUGCUACCACAACGAUACGACCUGCACAACAUCUUAAGCAGCCUGCCUACAGUUCAGCAGCAAGACCGUGGGAACAUAAAUGCGGGUACAAUGUCGCUCACUUUCGUCCUUUCUCUGAGUCGCACCUCUUGUGCCCCUGCCAUCUGAAUGUCGCAAACGCUGCGCCUGCUGGCCAUAAUGAGAACAGAAGAUCAGAGCAAGGUGGUGACGACCUGCUACCUGUGGCAUGUUUCUUGAGGCUUGACCUUGAGCUGACAUGCAAACACGAGCUCCGCCUCUCCCUCCGCUCCCGACUAAAGCCGCUCUCACACCCUGGAGGUCUACAAUUGUAGAACUUUAGGCUCAUAUUAAGUCUUACCAACAGACGAUUUUCUGAUUUCCCAUGACCUGAACGCUUGGUAGAAUUUCCAUUCUCUUGAUUCCUCUCCAGUUCAAGCGAUCACACAGUCAAGGCGCCACAGGAAGAAAAUCGACAAGAUGGCCUCGACCGACUAUUCUGCGCCGUUCACCCUCUACUACGGGUACUACUCCGUCUUCUCCACCAUGGUUCGCUUGACUUUUGCGCUGCGCGGCGCCCCGCGUCCCGACCGUCCCGAGAUGACUCUGCACAAGCAGCCCAUCUCCAUCAGCCCUGCCGAGCCGGAGCAGCUCUCGGAAGAGUACAUGACCAAAAUCAACCCCAAGGGCCAGGUGCCUGUCCUCGCCAACGAGGUCUUGCUGGGGCCCAAGCCGAUGCCCGAGAGUGCCGAUAUCGCGUACUACAUGAGCGAGUGGUAUCCGUCCCUCCUGCCCAAGGAGCACGAGGCGACGAUCAGGGAGUUGGUCGGCGAGGUGUACAAGAUCAGCAUGCCCGUGCUGACAUUCCCGCUGGACACCAAGAACCCGGCCAAAUUCAUGGACAAGGUGAAGGAGUUGCUGGCCAAGCCGGAUCUUUCUGAUACGCACAGGCAGGCGCUGGAAGCAAAAGCCAAGUUUCUCGAAAACGCCCCCAAGAUUUUCAGCCAGGCCAACCUGGAUGUGAACAUCGAACGCGUCAAGGAUUUCAGCGCCAAGAUUCUCGCGGUGCGGGAGAAGAACGGCACCGGCGACACGGUGGACUACAUCUUCGGGACUACUCCCACAAUUCUGGACGCUGAUGUUCUCACCUUUUUUGCUCGCAUGUGUGAUGCCGGCAGGAAGGAUCUGAUCCCGGCCCCGUUGGUCAAAUGGGUGGAGCAUUUCAGGGAGGGGCCUGUGUGGAAGGAGGUUGUGCCUGGGUACACGACAUUCCCUGCUUAUGCAUAGGGGAUGGUUUCUUUCCAGCUAGGUCAAAUACUAUUAUAAGGGCCCUAGGAAUCGGUCCCAUCUUUCCUUC